AUGCCCCGACAUUCUCUUCUCCGAUGCGGAGCACUGUCUCCGGCCGACGCUGGACUACUCAGGCGAAUCGGGGUGGAGAAUUUGCACGUGCCGAGCAUCUUGAAUGCCUAUUUGUUGAACAUUCGAGUCGGGAAGUUGCAGUCCAAGGUGGAGUUCUUGAGGAGCAUAGGGUUCUCGGAAGAGGAGGCGGCGAGGUGCUGUGCGAGGAUGCCUGCGAUAUUCAAGUACAGUGUGGAGAAUAACUUGAGGCGCAAGUAUGUUUACCUUGUGAAGGAGAUGGAGAGAGGGUUGGACGAGUUGAAGGAGUUUCCGCAGUUUCGGGUUUAG